AUGCCCACCCCUGUAGCCCUGGACCAACCCGGGCUCCUGGCGCUCACCCAGAGCUCCUCCCUCACAGGCAGACGAGACUCGCUCGGAACUCUGCAGUGUGAGGAGGGCUUCCCAGAGCCGCCCGAGUGCCCAGGGCAGCGUGACAGCUGGUCCCUUGCACUCGGCUCCCUGGAGGCUAACCUGGCCGCUGGCCGCCAGAGCCCCAGCCUCUGUGCUGCACAUCUGGGCAAGCACGCAGGGGCUCCUGGCUCCAGGGCUGUGCGAGGGGCACUGGCCUUGCUGCAGGGGACUGCAGCCCAGCCUGGUCGGGAGACCGAAAGGGAUCAAGGCUCCUUCCUGUCCCUGCUGUCCCCAGGACCGUCCGCACCAGGUUCCCCUGGAGCAGCAGGGACCAGGCCCCAGGCCAGGCCAGAGGGCAAGCUCAGGGAGGAAGCACCAAAUCAGGCAGAAGUGAAGCCAUGGCCGUCCCCGCAGUCCAGCCGCUGCUCCAGAACGGGUCGGCCCCAGGGCACCGAGGAAGCCACCAAGCCAUCAGCGCAGAGAGGACCGCCAGGACAGCAGGGCCCAAGGAGCGGUGUGUCGCCCGGCACCAGCCCUGCCGGGGUGGAGGGCACUGUUUCUAAAGAGGAUGACCCGGAGGAGGCCCACACCUUGCAGAACGGAAGAGGAAACCCCAGGGACCGAGGGCCCAACAAUGGCUUCCUGCAGGGGCUCACGUGGCCUGGAGAGGGCGGCGGCCGCCGAUGGGGCCAAGGGCGGAGGCAGUGGCACCCCCUGGACAGCGGGGCGUCUGCUCAGAGGAGCCCCAACCUGGCCGCUGUGCGGCUGCUCGGCGGGUUUUCAUGGAUGCUGUCUGGGAAAACCCGCCAGCUCGCCACCUUCCUGCGUUACUGUCCGGACACCAAGCCGGCGCGCUUCCGAGAAGACGCCUCCGACAGCGUGGGCGCUGGCUCCUCGCGUGCCGGGGCGCGCGCGGUGCUGCCCCAGGCGCGCUGGGGGCUCCCCGCGGCCGGGCUUCCCUGGCAGCACCCCACGCGCAACUGCGCCCCGCGUGUCCGGAGCGACUUUCGCUUUGCUCUCCGAGACCCGGGGACACAGCGCCCCCUGGGGACUGUGGCCCCACCUCAGCCUGGACAGCUGAGCGAGCAUGCCCUGCUGCUCCGCGUCCUCGGCCUCCCCCGAGGCCACGUCCCUCCGCAUGCCCAGACACCCACCCUCACCCCCACCAUACAUGGCAUGAUCGACAGCCCCAGGUGUAGACAGGGCUUAGGAGGGCCUAGGUCCGCGAGAUGCUGGGGACCCUGGCUCCUGGCCGUGCACGUCUGGUCCCCGGAGUCACUUCUCCCGACCAGGUGCUCUGGGUCUUGUCCUUGUUCAUCCUGGGGUCCUUCCCAGCAGGGGUCAGGCGCCAGGACUUCCCCUGCCUCCGGCUCCCCAGGCAAGAGGAGAAAGAAAGGCACCCCCACCGCGGGUCAGCCAGGCCAGCCCGUAGCCCAGCAGGACGAGGGCCCAUCGGAGGACGCAGUCGCUGAGCUCAAGUCAUGCCUGUGGCGGGCGCGGGAGCUGGAAGCGCGGGUGCAGGCGCUCAGGACCCACGCUCAGGAGGAUGCCAGGGAACCCCGCACCCCGGAUGCUGGAGGGCAUCCCAAGGAGCCGUGCAGCGAGAAGGUGCCCGCCUACCAGCGCUUCCACGCCCUGGCCCAGCCUGGCGCCCCUGGCCUCGUGCUGCCCUACAAGUACCAGGUGCUGGCAGAGAUGUUCCGCGGCAUGGACACCGUUGUGGGCUGGCUGCACAACCGCCGAGAGACCGCCACCUUCGCCAAGGUCCAGCAGGGGGUGCAGGACAUGCUGCGCAAGCGAUUCGAGGAGCGCAACGUGGGCCAGAUCAAAGCCGUGUACCCUGCGUCUUACCGCUUCCGCCAGGAGCGCAAUGUGCCCACCUUCAAGGACGGUGUCAGGCGGUCCGAUUACCAGCUCACCAUCGAGCCGCUGCUGGACGCGGAGGCUGGUGGUACGGCCCCCCAGCUCACGGCCUCGUGUCUCCUGCGACGGCGGCGUGUCUUCAGCCAGAAGCUGUUGGAGCGGGUUAGGGAGCAUCACAAGGCCUUCCUGGCCUCCCUGAGCCCCCCCUUGGUGGUGCCUGAGGACCAGCUGAUGCGCUGGCAUCCGCGCUUCGAUGUGGACAAGGUGCCUGACAUCGAGGUGGCCGAGCUGCCCCAGCCGCCGCCUUGGGAGAAACCUGCCACGGCCCAGGAGGUGCUGGCUCGUGCCCGCGGCCUGAUGUCACCCAGGAUGGAGAAGGCCUUGAGCCACCUUGCCCUGCGCUCACCAGAGUCCAGCAGUCCUGCGUCCCCAAGCCAGGCCCUGCCGGCUACGCCACCAGCCACGCCGCCAGCUGCCUCUCCCAGUGCCCUGAAGGGGGUGUCCCAGGCCCUGCUGGAGCGGGUGCGAGCCAAGGAGGCACAGAGGCAGCUGGCUCAGAUGACAAGGCGCCCGGAGCCGGAGCCGCCGCCGGCGCUGCCCGAGCUGGCCCGCGUGCUGCGUGGGGUUUUCGUAUCUGAGCGCAAGUCGGCGCUCGCCAUGGGGCUCACCUGCGCCAGGAUGGUGGGCAGCUGCUGUACCACCAUGAGCCCUGGGGAGAUGGAGGAGCACCUGCUGCUCCUGGCCGAGCUGCUGCCAGACUGGCUGCGCCUCCACCACAUCCGCACCGACACUUACCUCAGGCUGGACAAGGCUGCCGACCUGGCCAGCAUCACAGCACGCCUGGCCUGCCUGGCCCGUGCCGAGGAGGCACUGGGCCCGGCCUUGUCUCCUGCAAGAGGAAGACCCUGAAGAUAGGCACAUGAGGGGAUCGGGGCCGAGGUGAGAGACAGAGACGGUCUGAGGAGGGCCUCCCCUUGAACUGGGAACUGGCGUGAAGAGCUUUUGAGCAAUAAGAACUUGUGAAGACAAGGCUCCUCUGCAUUUCAGCAGACCUGUUUGUUUCUACUUUUAACUAAUUCAAGCCUUGAAUCCAUUUUGCAGUCCUGUCUUUUUAUAAAGCUUGAAUUGGAUAAAGUGUAAGGUUAAAUAAAAGUGUACUUCCAAGGUGA